AUGUUUCGGCUGCCAUCACCGCUGCAUCUUCUACUUACACUAGCCUAUCUAGUGGGGACAGGUGUCUGCAAUUUGAUCGGCGUCCAGUCUCUGCGAGAAGCAGGGUCACGAGCAGCCCUCUUAUCAUUGAUAAACCUCAUUCCUCUGUUCAUCUCUGGGGGGUAUGAGUUCGGCGCACGUAUUCUUAGCAUUUCUCUUGAGACCUAUGGGGCCUUUCACCGGACUGCCGCCUUUGUCACUGUUCUUGAAGCCGCCAUUCAUAUCGUGAUUGCCACCGCCACAGGCGGCAUGUUCCUUUCUCUCGCCAUACUUCCAUUAGUCAGGAAAAGAGUAUACGAGGUUUUUUUAAGGACACAUCAGGGAUGUGCAAUAGUGGCACUUUAUGCCAUUUGGCGGCACACUCAUACUAUGCGAGACAGUCAUGCCUGGGUAUAUUCCUGGGGCUGUGUCAUAGUCUUCAUUCUGUCACUCAGUGCACAAAUAGCUCGACUAAUCUUUCGAAACCUGGUUAUUGGGAAGAAGUGCACAAAGCUAACGCUACAUACCUUUGGAGAAAACAUUGCUCGUUUGACGUUAACUCUUCCACGGCCCUGGGCUGUGCAAGCCGGAGAGCGUGUUGAACUGAGCGCUCCUUCAAUCGAAAUAUCCUAUUUGGCUCAAUCGCAUCCUUUUACCAUUUGCUGGUGGGAAGAUAAUGACACUGGGGAGGCAGUUUCUGUCUCUCUUCUUCUUCGACCACGUUCUGGCUUUACCAGGAAAGUUCUAGGUCGCCUUGAGCAAGACAGAGAAUACACUGCAUGGUUCGAUGGGCCAUUUGGUCCUGUGUCUAUCGGUUCUUAUGGCUCUUGUGGCCAGAUGGGAAACUACGGCCAUAUUUUCAUGGUAGCUACUGGUAUAGGAAUUGCCGCACAGCUCCCGUACAUCAAAGAAAUUUUAACGCAAUAUCGCCGGGCGCGACUCCGGACGCAAAGAAUUUCUCUUGUAUGGCAGUUAGAACAUGAAGAAGACUGGGAGGCCGUCCAUAACUGGUUACAAAUACUGGUAAAGCAGGAUGAAGGACAUUUACUAAGCGUCACAAUCUACGAUGCACGAAAUCCAUCUCUAAAGGGAGACCGGCAGCUCCUCGGGUAUCAUGACCUGAUCGAAGUAAACGGCGGAGAGCCAAAACGGGAGAAGGAAAUGUCAACCGAGCUAGCAAAGCAGAGAGGCAGGAUGCUCGUAGCAGGUAACUUUCGUGAUCGACCUAUAUAA